AUGAAGCUGAACCCAACUUCUAAAAAAGUCCUCGUAGACGUAUCGAUAUUCGCACUCUCACAGGUCGUCCUAUACUUUGGCGUCAAAUGGGUGCUGGCAGGGAUGGACCCCUUCAAGAAGAAAAAGGAGGAAGCGAAAGCAAAGAGCACGCGCGUGCUGGGCAGGCUGGGUCUGCAGGUCCUGAAGUUGACGGAGCACGAGGAGAUCAUCGCGGCGGAGGUCGUGUAUCCAGAAGACAUUCCCGUCGGGUUCAAGGAUAUCGGCGGGCUGGACCAUAUCGUCAAAUCGCUCAAGGAGUCCGUCAUCUACCCCCUGUGUUAUCCGCAGCUGUUUAGCUCCGCCUCCGGACUGCUGGGAGCACCGAAAGGCGUGCUGCUCUACGGACCACCGGGCUGUGGGAAGACCAUGCUGGCGAAAGCGCUCGCCAAGGAGUCGGGAGCGACCUUCAUCAACCUGCAUGUGUCGACGCUGAUGGAGAAAUGGUUCGGCGAAUCGCAAAAACUAGUCUCCGCCGUCUUUUCACUAGCGCAUAAGCUGCAGCCCUGCAUCAUUUUCAUUGACGAGAUCGACUCGUUCCUGAGAGAGAGGAAGAGCCAGGACCACGAAGUGACCGCGAUGAUGAAGGCAGAGUUUAUGACGUUGUGGGAUGGGUUAAGCACUGGGGAUAUGCGGGUGCUGGUACUGGGAGCUACGAAUCGUCCAACCGAUAUCGAUCAGGCGAUUUUGAGGCGGAUGCCGAAACGGUUCGAGAUUAGGUUACCGGAUGCGGAGCAACGGACGCGGGUGCUGUCGUUAUUGCUGGCGGGUGCGGAUUUGGAGCCGGGAUUCGAUGUCAAGGAGCUUGUGUACAGGACAGCAGGUUACUCAGGCAGCGACCUCAAAGAAUUAUGCCGAAACGCCGCCAUGAUGCCAAUAAGAGAAGCCAUCCGUGAACUAGACGGACAUCUCUUACACGAAUUCGACGCAAGUGACAUGAAAGUACGCCAACUACGAGUCUCUGACUUCUUCGUACCCCAUGACCAAACACUGGGCGAUGAAGACACAUCCGCAGAGGUUGUUGAUCUGGAUUGA